UGAUUGGAAAUUCUUUGUCACGAAAGUGUGUUGGAUUUGGAGACGUGAGGUUGCAGGUUUAGGAAAUUUUCUUUUAUAGGUGAAAAAUGCCAGCCGGAGCUCCGUUAUUUGGUAACAUACAGUCACGCUCACAGAGCAAAAAUCUUGUGGAAUGUAAAGCAGGAAAAAUGACAUUGAAAGGAAAAAUGGUACACCCCGACAAGAGGAAAGGACUUCUAUACGUUUAUCAGUCGGAUGAUUCGUUGAUGCAUUUUUGCUGGAAAGAUCGACAGAGUGGUACUGUAGAGGAUGAUUUAAUUAUUUUCCCUGAUGACUGUGAAUUUAAACGCGUAACUCAAUGCACAACGGGUCGUGUUUAUGUACUAAAAUUCAAAUCUUCCAACCGAAAAUUCUUCUUUUGGAUUCAGGAACCAAAGACUGAUAAAGAUGAAGAAAACUGCCGUCGUAUUAAUGAAGUUCUGAACAAUCCACCAACUCCUGGUUCUCAGAGAAGUGGGGGAGGCACACCAGAUGGAGACUUGCAAAGUUUGCUGAACAACAUGUCUCAACAGCAGCUAAUGCAGCUCUUCGGUGGAGUUGGACAAAUAGGUGGCCUGUCAAGUUUGUUGGGCACCAUGGGUAGACGUGGACCGUCAUCUGGUACCCAGGGUAGCUCUCGCUCAGGCACAACUACCUCCACUACUAGUUCAGCUAGUGCCACAACUGGGAGUACAACCACUACAAGCAGUUCUGCUCCUGCUGUUACUACAACUACAGCAGCCCAACCUGCAGUCUCAACAGCAGGAAAGGAAACCUCGGAGAAACCUGCUACAGCAGUUAAUCCUCCAGCAAUUCAGCUCAGUGAUCUUCAGAACUUCUUAUCUGGUCUCAAUGUCCCUACUCCUGAAACUACUACUCAGAGAACAGUGGAUCUGGCAUCGACAAUCACAUCUGAAAACCUGCAGACGUUGUUGAGAAAUACAGAAUUGGUGACAGAAUUACUGCAGCAUGUGCCAUCAGUUGAAGAGUCUUCAUCUACUGUGCCUCCAUCUGAACAACUUCGUUCAACCCUUGCAUCACCUCAGUUCCAGCAGGCCCUUAGUAUGUUCAGUGCAGCAUUACAGUCAGGACAACUUGGGCCUGUUGUGCAGCAAUUUGAAGUAGGCCCGGAGGCAGUAGAUGCUGCUAAUCAGGGUAAUAUGGAAGAGUUCGUGAAAGCAUUACAGAAGGCGUCUAUAAGCAAGGAUGAGUCAUCAGCUCAAGGCACGAGCCGUGCACCCAAGGAAGAGGAAAAGAAACAGCCAGGAGGUGAUGAGAAACGAAAGAAAACUGAUGGUGGUUCUGGUGGUAGUGAUAAAAAGGACGAUGACGAUGAGGAGUGGAUGACUACCGAUUAGCAGCAGAAUUUUAGAGGUUUAUUUAAGAAGUUCAUAUGUCUAAUUUUGAUAAUGUUGGAAUAAUGUGAUAAGUAUCUGUUGGUUCUGAUGGGAGCAUAAUUGCCAAAAACUCGUUACAAGAGGCCCGUGAAAAUGGUUUGUCAUGGAAAUACAGUGUUAAGACAUUCUCUGAGGUAGUGAGGUGUGUAGAAUGGAAAUACCUAGCACAGGCAAAUUCACAGGCUUGAUUUUAAUCAUGAGAGGUUUGCAGUACUUACACAGUUAAAGAAUAGCUUAUGUAGUUAAAGAUCAACACUGAAGGAACUGUUGAAAUUUUCAUGAGCGUGACCUAAGCAUCUCAUUAUCAGCACAAGUAAGUCAGUCUGUAAUGAAAAUGAAGAGAAAUUAGAAAACUUGAGUGGAGCAUGUCGAAGCGCUCAUUUCCUUUUUCAAGUUGUGAGUUUGUCUGUGCACCGAUAAAUUGCCUUUCACAAAUACUUUAGUGUUUCUUCACUUAUAAUAGAUUUGUUAAAUCUAUACUGAGACUAUAAACUAGAUAAUCAAAAUUCAAAUUAUAAAUUAGAUAAUUAGGUAAAUGCAUUUCGUCGUCACAAGGAGGAAUCGUUGAGCAGAAUGAGUGGACGAACACGUACAAUAGCUCACAUUUUAUUAUAAAAAUGCCUUUUGCUGCAAAUGAGGAGAACAUACUUUUCAUCUCAGCUGUUGAGCUCUUAAUACUUAGUGAGGUAGUGCUAUAACGUAUUAGUAUGUUUCACAUUUGCAGUGACAACAUGUAGUGAAAUUAUGAAGUGAACCACUUUAAAACUAUAGCAACAAAUCAUUUUGAUGAACAAGAAAAUCAUUUUUGGUGGUUUCAAGAAAUGUUAAAUCUAUCAUUAGUAAAGACUAACCACAUUAUUUAUGAUCACAGUGUGCUCAGCCUUAAAAAAUGUACCUUGUUAUGCGAGUGUUCCUAUUUAUAGUUCACACUGUUAAGCUCAUUUAUGGUCUCAGCUGCAUCAAGAAAAGGCUUAUUUUUUUACCUUCUGGAAAUACAUAUAAUUUUUUGUUAAUGAAGCACUUUGAAAUAUGCCCUUGUUGCAGAUGAACAUUUUGUGAAGCUAAUAACUUUUCGUGUGUAUUUGUGCCAGUGUUUACACAUUCAUGGAAUUUCCUGCUACUACUAAAUGCUGACGGUGAUUUUUUUCAAUAAUCAGUUUUAGUAGGUUUAGUGUGAUUUAUAUUAAACACAAACAGUUGAUUGUAUAAUACAUUGUGUUGCAAUAUACCGUGUUUAUGUUUUCGUCAUUGUGUACCUCUCCACCCUUUUUCUGUUUCAUAAUAACUUCAAAAACCUUGGAAGCUAGGGUGAAAUGAGUAUAACAUACAGAAAUGUCUUCAGCUUGCUUGAUAUUCUUACAGUAAUAGCAGGAGUAGUUAAUUGUAUUGUAACAACCAAAUAAUGUAGUGUAAACUAACAGAACAACAAAUAUUCUUGACAAGUUUUCUUUUUGGCGUUGUUGCUAGCAUCAAAAUCUGAAAUUGCAUUAAAAAAGAUUAAACCACUAUGGUUACAUAGUGGAAAUUAGUAAUAAAAUUCUAGCUUCAUAUCUUUUAAAACAGACAAUGCCAACAGCCAACAUUCCAUAGGAAGUGACUGGUGUGGAUUUAAGAUAAAUAGGUUGAAGACAACUUAUUAGUAAUUUAAUAUGUGUUACUGAAAUUCCGGAGCCAUGAAUGAUUAUGCAUACAUACACUAACAGUACUAAACUUAAAUUUAAAAAAAUUAAAUGCCCUGAAAACCUAAUUAGACCCUUUUCUUCAUACUUGUGCCAUAAAUCAAUUAAAGGAAACAUUGAUUCCCACUUGGAGAACUUGGUCAGUUCUAGUCAUUGGGUCAUUUUCAAAAGUACAUGUACAUAUAUUCCCACAAAGAACAUCGUCCCAACUAACUGUUAACCACACUACAAAACUUUGCCUCAUUACUGUAUACGAAGCUAUUUCUGGAUUCAUAAUUAAAUACAACCACACCAUCACAGUUAGUAGAAAGAGACUAAAGUGGGACAAUCACAGUGGUUGAUGACCAGAUGAGAUGCAGAUGGUCUUGGAAUAUUCUGAUGUUUGGGUCUUUAUUAUAGCACCAGGUAACAUCUAAUAACAUAUACAAGCAUGUGUAAAUGUGGACAUGAAAAUGACUGAUGCAAAUUGGGCAGUAAAGUGAAAUAAAAUGGUUGGAUAAUUGAUGAGUUGCACCUGAAAAAAUUAGUUUCUUUGAAAUCUAAUGCAUAAAUGUGUGAUAGAAUGUUCUCUACUGGUUAUAACUUUGUAGAAAGUGAGUCAGAGGUGAACACGGCUCUGAAAGAGGUGUCUUACUCUGGUGCUAAUGAAAGAGCAUCUCUAAUAUAUGAUGAUUUGACAGGGCAGUUUUAAAUUAGGAGAAGAUUCUUCUAUGAAUGUAAUAGCUAUGAAAUAAAAAUGAAGACAAGACUGACAGCAAACGAGAGAGAGAGAGAGAGAGAGAGAGAGAGAGAGAGAGAGAGAGUGUGUGUGUGUGUGUGUGUGUGUGUGUGUGUGUGUGUGUGUGUGUGGAGAGAGGAUAGGGAGAGUGUAUGUACACACUCGCAUUAACAGAUUUCUUUGACAAAGCUUCAAAAUUUUACUGUCAGUCUUCUAGGUAACAAAAAAAAAAACUGCCAAACAGGCCUUGAAGGCCCAACAGUACUGACUGGCUGCUGUGUCAUCCUCAGUGCUAAGUGGUCACCAGAUGCAGAUACGGAGGGGAAUGCGGUCAGCACACCGCUCUCCCAGCUGUUGUAAAUUUUUGUGACCAGUGUCACUACAUCUCAGCCAAGUAGCUCCUCAAUUGGCCUCACAAUGGCUGGUUGCACCCCACCUGCCAACAGCCCUCAGCAGACCUGGACAGUGACCCAUCCAAGUGCCAGCCAAGCCUGACAGUACUUAACUUCGGUGAUAUAACAAGCACCGAUGUUACCAUUGUGGCAAGUCUGUUGGCAGGUAACCACAUAUAUAAUUAAUUUGAAAUUCAACAUUGUGAACAAAAAGAAAUGGAGUAAACUAGUAUGGGCAAUGCAUUGUGCCAGAAGGCAUAUACAGAAUGAGUCAUAAGUGAGAAAAAAUAUUGUAAGGACCACAUGCUGCUACGCAUAGAAACUGACGGACAGUUGAUAGGUUUGGUGUUCUUGAUGUAUUGUGUAUAUAAGACAAAAGAAAUAGUUAACCUUUUACGAGAAACUGACAUACCCCACAGUGACAACAUGUUAUUCACCCACAGAUGCAACACAUGACAGAUUAGUGAGUGUAUUUAUAUCUGCCAGUGUUUGAAAGAUAAAAGAAAGAAAAAAAAUCCCAUCGUAGGGGGGAAUUGUAUCGGAACUCAUGAACCACACAAUGCCAGUGGUGACAGUGCACAAUAUCCUGUCAGGGAAUAUUUGUUCUGUAAAUGGAAAAAGUGCUCAAUGGAGGAAGAAAAACCAUGGCACAUGACAUGUUUAGAACAGCACUGCACUUUUCACUCUAGCUGAUAGUUGCCACCUGUCACAACAUUACUACCAUGGCAAGUUUCACAACCGAGGAAUAUGGUGACAUUCACCUCACUUAUGGGCUUGCUGAUGGAAGAGCUGAUGUUACAUGACAACUGAAUCAUGAGAGGUUUCCUAACUGGCACCUUCGAUCCUCAAAAACAUCUUUCAUUGGAUAGGUGCAGUAGGAGUACGUUGCAUGUGUAACACCUCCAGGAUUUAGUGGCUGGGGCUGACUGUUGAUGUACAAUGUAGAUGACAGAAUUUGUUGCAUGUGUAGCACCUCCAGGAUUUAUUGGCUGGGGCCAACCAGUGAUGUACAGUGUAGAUGACAGAAUUUGUUACAAACUGUUAUGGAGAACCAAAGAAUAAACGCCAGUCUCUCGUCACUGCAGUAAGAAUGUCACAAUCUAUUGUUAUGUGAGUACUGCUUAGAAACCAUUACCGUCCCUUUUGUGUUUAUGAGGUACAAGCCUUGUUGCCGGGAGACUAUCAGCAGAGGCAGGAUUUCUGCAAAAUUAUGUUACAGCGUCAGAGGCAUGACCAGCGUUUUUCACAAACAAUACUGUUAAAUGACGAAGCCCAGUUCAUGGAGGAGGGUAUAGUGAAUUCGCAUAAUUGGCACGAGUGGGCAGAAGAAAACCCACACAGCACAGUGGUACAAUGGUCCAACAAUGAUGCUAUGUCAAUAAUGGGUGAGUAUUCUCAAUCAGCGUAUCGUAGGGCCACAUUCGCUACCACUGAGGUGACAGGAGAGGGGUACCUGCAGUGUUGUAAGAUAUUAGUUUGGCCUCUUGUAUAUACCUGUGGUACAUGCAUAAAGGAGCCCCUGCUCACUUCAGUAGCACAGCGUGAUGCUUCAUUGACAGUUUCUCCAUUUCCAAAUGGAUUGGUCUUGGAAGCCCUGUAACUUGGCCAACUAGAUCACCAGACCUUAAUCCACUGGAUUUAUUUUUGUGGAGCUGUCUGAAAUGAGUGAUUUAUGGAGGAGGGCUUGUUGAUGUCAACUGUUGGCACAGAGAACAACAUGCCUGUGAUGAUGUGCGGAGCGAUACAGACAUGAUAAAUCAUGUUCAGCGAUCCUGUCUGCAAAGACACUCUCUCUCUCUCUCUCUCUCUCUCUCUCUCUCUCUCUCUCCGCCCCCCCCCUCCCUCCCUCCCCCUCUCUGUGGUUGUCAUUUUGAACAAUAGUUACGAAAUGUCACUGAAGCUUCUGGUCAUGUGUUUCUAUGUUAAUUUAGAUUUGUACAAUUGUAUUCAUUUGGAUUACUAGGUGACUUAAUUGAGUGGUUAUAUUUUGUAUUCUGAUUCUUUGUACUCCUUUCUGAAGACUAAAUCCAGGGCACAAAAACCAAAUAAUAAAAUAUGUA